UUACGUAACAAACGAGUGUUAUGAAAAAGUCGGUUCACUAUUACUGUUAGGGCCGCGACAGCUAUAGCAAUGUAUGGGGACGUUAACAGAAGAAAAUCGACUUAAUAUUUGUCCCCGAUUUUUUUGCCGCUGCAAUGUCGCUUCAAUCGCAAGUGGAAGAAGCGGCAGAAGAGAGAAGCGCCUUCUUUAUCUGUACCGACUCGGACGUCUCGGAAGAUGAGGACCACCAUCAACUUAUACUACAGAAAGCCAACGCUCUAGCAUCGGAAAACUGUCUCAAAGAAGCCAUUGACUGGUUUUCAGUGGCUAUGCGGUAUGGGCCGGUGAGACCUGAACAGUUAAGCACUUUCGUGGACUGUGUUGUCCGCAACUUUAGGAGAAAAGCAGCUGGGCCAGACACACUUUCGGACCACAGUCGGGACGCAGGGGACAGCUCAGAGGACGAUAUGUUUGACUGUCCCAACUGUCAUAGUUUUAUAGGCGAACCUGUGACCAUAGCCUGUGGACAUUCGUACUGUAAGAGGUGUUUACAACGGAGGCUGCUCUCCAAAUGUAAGCUGUGCAAUGAAACUGUCACAGGCGAGGAGAAAGUGAAUGUAAUUCUGUGCGGACUUUUAGAUAAAUGGUUCCCCGACGAGCUGAGAACGUCGAAAACACUAUGCGAAGUGGACGAGCUGUGUAGGAAAAAACGCUACCAAGAAGCGGUGUCGUUAGCGACAGAUGUAAUUCAGUGUGAUCCAGAAACAACAGUGGCGGUACGACUGUCUCGAGCAGAGGCAUACAUGGCUCUCAAACAGUAUCGUCUGGCUUUGGAGGACACAGAAUUUUGUCCCGGGUCCAGCUGUUCCGCUGAAGCUGUGUUUAGGAAAGCUAUGGUGCUGCAUGAGAUGGGCCAAGUGGACGAGUCUCUCCAAGUCUUCCUCCACUGCCUGUCUGUGGAUGAAGACUUUCCCUGUGCUAAAAGACAAGUGGAAAAGAUCCUGUGUGCCCUGCUCUCCCCGGCUGAUGAGAACAUCAAGGUUGGCCUGCGGGAAACAACACAGAACACGUCGCCUCUCUUGCGCAGUAAAACCCUCGUGGCCGAUGCCCAAGCUCAGCCACAGAGCCCGGUCCAAAGACAGAGCCAGCACCAGGUCCGCGCUGCCUCAGCACACCACCAUCUGGACUACCAGGAGAAACGCUCGGAAAGCCUGGAGCGGCCUGGUCUGAGCCGAGCUCAUUCUCUACGGAUGCAUGGCAUUAGUUGCGGCGAGGAGGGCCUGAAGAGAGUUUGCUCUGCUCCUCAGCUGGGGGACCAGGACAAGGGGAGCCUGCUGAAGAGGAAGUUGUCAGUGUCAGACACAGAACCCUGUGUUGUGGACAAUGGAAAUAGCAAGCAUAAAAAACAAGGUGUGGAGAAAGGCUCCAAACAACAGGCAGCCAAAGCUAAACCCUCCAGAAGUGUUCCUGUGGACCUGCUCGAGCCCAAUGACUUAGAAUGCUCUCUCUGCAUGAGGUUGUUCUAUGAGCCUGUGACUACACCAUGUGGCCACACCUUCUGUAAAAACUGUCUGGAACGCUGCUUGGAUCAUACACCCCAGUGCCCCCUCUGUAAAGAGAGCCUGAAAGAGUAUCUAGCAUGUAGGAAGUACGUGGUGACAACUGUCUUGGACAUGCUGAUCAAACGGUAUUUGAGCCAGGAGUAUGCCGAGAGGACUAAAGCUCACCUGGAGGAGACCAAAGAGCUUUCUAAUCUGACGAAGAAUGUGCCUAUCUUUGUGUGUACCAUGGCUUACCCAACCGUGCCUUGCCCCCUGCAUGUCUUCGAGCCACGUUACCGCCUCAUGAUUCGCCGCUGCAUGGACACAGGCACGCGGCAGUUUGGGAUGUGUAUUAACGAUCCCCAGAAAGGGUUUGUAGAUUAUGGCUGUAUGCUGACCAUCAGAAGUGUCCAUUUCCUCCCUGACGGGCGAUCAGUAGUGGACACCAUAGGAGGAAAGCGCUUCCGUGUCCUGUCCAGAGGAAUGAAGGAUGGUUACAGUACUGCUGACAUUGAGCACUUGGAGGAUACAAGGGUGGAGGACAGAGAUGAGCUAGAGAAACUACAAGAGCUGCAUGAUGCAGUGUAUGAACAAGCCCGCGUCUGGUUCCAGAACCUCAAGAUCCGCUUCCACAACCAGAUCCUGCAGCAUUUUGGACCAAUGCCGGAACGGGAAGCUGAUAUCCAGGCAACUCCUAACGGCCCAGCUUGCUGCUGGUGGCUCCUGGCUGUUCUGCCUAUCGACCCACUGUACCAGCUCUCUGUCCUCUCCAUGACCAGCCUCAAAGAACGCCUGGUGAAGAUCCAGCACAUCCUCACAUAUCUGCAGAGCAUCCCCAACAAUUAGGGCAAACAUCCUUUGGACUUCAAGCAACCUUGAAUAAACAUCUCGCCAACCCUUUUUGUUUCUGUUGCCAUCCGAUCCUUCAGCUUUUAUUUUCACAGCUACAAGACCCCUCGUUUUACAAAGGAAAGCAAAACAUCCUUGAAAUGUGGAUUAUGGGAGCUGAACCAGCUCAGGGAACUCUUCCAGUGACACACAUUAUUGGUUUGUGACUGUGAAAUAUUAUUUUAAAAAUGAAGACAAAUGUGACAGCAACUAUUUUCAUCUGCUCCUGUAAGCAGUUAAUUUUCAUAAGAACUUCCCUGAGUGAUUUUUGUUUAAAUGAGAACAGCAGUUACUCUUCCACUUGGUUUUGAUAAUGCUGUUAAACAAUGACAGAAAGUAGUAUAUCUAACAAUCACCUUCAAGCAAACCUUAUGUAAGGGUAGUAUUUAUGGAGCUGAGGUGAAGAGAGCAUUAUAGUUAGUGUUGGAUCAGCUCUGGUGAGACCAGUAAAGUUUGUUGUUUUUUGUUUUGUCUGUUGGCUGUACGGGUUAUGUUAAUAUGAAGGGGGGUGAGGUGAUUCUAUGGAACAAAAUUUUAAAUGCUGUAAGUCCAAAAAGUGAUGGCAAGAUGUGGUUUAGAGGAACCACUGAAAAGAGCAAUUUGUGCUAAAACAAGUGCAACUAAAGACUGGUGUGUGUGUGUGUGUGUGUGUACCACACACUGAUUAAAGUAUUAAUUGAUCUCUCCCGAGCAACAUUUUUUCUUUCUACUAACUUCCCACAUGCUUUACCAUACACAACUUCCAUCACUGCCUUUAAGUCAUGGCAAAAGAACUUCAUGUUGAAACAUUGCAAUUUCUUCCCAUCAUUUCCCACUUUUAGUUUCUCCAAGUUGUCAUGCAGAGAGUGGCAAUUUUGUCCCUCCUAACAUCAGGUCUGAGAAACACUCGUGACCCUGAAAUCACAUGAUGAUUGUAUGCUUUUCUUCCUCUCACAGUAAACCUUAAGUUGUAUUCACUAUCUUCCAAAAUCUGUGUUUGUCCAUUGGACAUCCUGCUGGAUUGUGAGGAUCUUUGCAAAGAAGUGUUUUAAGAUUCAGUGGUUCUAUUCUUGUGUUACUUGUCUCCUCGAAACCAAAAGACUCAGCUACCCAUUGAAUUAACUUAAACUGAAAUUAUUUACAAGUUUAAAAUAUAUUUCUACAUUCUGACCACGUGUUUGUAUAAACUCAACAGGGGUCUUGCAAUAUUAUGACAAAUCAAAACAAGACAAAAACAGCAUGUAUGCAGCCAAUGGGUUAGCAUUAUUCUUCAUUCAAAGCCGCUCUCCGUCUGCCUGGAGGAGAGAGGACGGUACCUGCAGUGCUUCAGUCGGGACUGCAUUUGCCUUACAACAUUCCUAUUGUGAUUUGAGCAACAUGAUGCUUUGGCUUGGUUACCAUUCCCCUUUGCCAUUGUGUGAAGUAUGUUUUAAUAGUUUUUUUUUUUUUUCUCAGUUAGUUUGAGGCACAAUUUGUUCAAGUGUAUUACAAAAUCUUAAAAAAUAAAUCAUAUUUAUAUGUAAAUCAUCUGUAAAUAGGCUUUUUGGACAGAUCUUGCUUUUUGCUCAGAUGUUGUAAGUUAUCAAUUUGAAUAAUAAAUCCACUUCUUUUUUGAACUUCA